CUGGACCUUCUCUCUCUCUGUGUCUCUGGCGCUUGAGCUCACUCUCUCGCACCGGAGCCACCGCCAUUUCAAGAACCUCACUCCGUCCCACUGAUGCCUCCGAGCAUCCCUCAUCUGCUUCUCCUUCAUUUCCAUCUUCUCGCGAUAGCAUCGCUUGUAGGGAUCGCCGGAUGGUCACGGGCCUGGGCCAUCGGCGUCAACUGGGGGACAGCGUCGUCCCACCCCCUGCCGCCGCCCAAAGUGGUGGAGCUCCUCAAGUCCAACAACGUCUCCCGCGUCAAGCUCUCCGACGCCGACCCUGAUGUCCUCCGGUCGCUCUCCGGCUCCGGCAUCGCCGUCACCGUAGGCAUUCCCAACCUCAUGCUCCGGACCUUGAACUCCUCCAAGAAAGCGGCCGAAAGCUGGGUCCACGACAAUGUCACUCGCUACUUCCCCGCCGGAGGCCCCCGUGUUCGGAUCGAGUACAUUGCUGUGGGGGAUGAACCAUUUCUCUUGAGUCAUGGAGAUCAGUUCUAUCCAUUCGUCCUAGGAGCAGCCACCCAAAUCCAAGCAGCUUUAACCAAAGCAAACUUAGGAAGCAAGGUGAAAGUUGUUGUUCCAUGCAGUUUUGAUGCAUUUCAGUCUGAGUCAAACCUCCCCUCUGAAGGACAUUUCAGGCCUGAUAUCAACAAAACCAUGAUUCAACUGCUAACGUUUUUGAGUGAACAUCGGUUGCCCUUCUUCGCGUCAAUAUCGCCGUUCCUCAGCCUCCACCAGAGCAAGAAUAUUUCCCUCGACUUUGCUCUCUUCAAAGGAACUGCGCGGACUCAUAAUGACAGCCACAGAAUAUACAAAAACAGCUUCGACUUGAGCUAUGAUACCCUAGUAACGGCAUUGUAUAGUGCUGGUUUCCCUCAGAUGGAAAUUGUUGUAGCUCAGAUUGGUUGGCCGACAGAUGGAGCAGCUAAUGCUACCUCAGUCAUUGCCGAGGAAUUCAUGAAAGCUCUUAUAAACCACAUCCACAGUAAAACAGGGACGCCACUUAGGCCUCAGAAUCCCCCUUCGGAAGUGUACAUUUUAAGCCUUUUAGAUGAAGACCAACGAAGCACGUCUGCUGGAAAUUUCGAGAGACACUGGGGCGUGUUUACUUUUGAUGGCCAGGCAAAGUACCACAUUGAUUUAGGCCAGGGUUCCAGAAAAUUGUGGAAUGCACAGAACGUCAAGUACCUUUCUUCCCGAUGGUGUGUUGUGAACAAUAACGCUGACUUGUCCAAUGUGACCGCUAGUGUUUUAGAUGCUUGUUCUGUUGCUGAUUGUACUGCAGUCUCUCCUGGUGGAUCUUGUUAUAACAUCGGUUGGCCUCGCAAUGUGUCCUACGCAUUCAAUAGCUACUACCAGCAGCAUGAUCAAAGAGUGAACAGCUGUUAUUUUGGAGGAUUAGGAUUGAUCACGACCGUCGAUCCAUCUACCGAUACUUGCAGGUUUUGUUUUCCUUAUAUAAUUUUAUGAGCUCUAGGAAGGGCAGAGUUAAGGUAGAGGCAGUUUCACUGCUCAUUGAUCCACCAGGUAUCCUCUGGGACAGAUCUCAUGCCUACCUUGGCUGAACUAUGUUU